CCUCCUCCUUCCUUCCUUCCUUCCUUCCUACACAACCCCCUUUUCUCAUAUAUACCCCCCCCCCUCGCCACUUCCCCGCCUUCCGUAGACGUCCGGAUCUCGAGCACACACACCGCAACUCCAACCUGUCACCUCUGUGCCAUUACGCUCGCUCGCAUUUCUCUCACUCGCUCUCUCUCUCGCGCUCUCUCCGCCAAUGCGUCACCUAUACCCAACCCCGCGAAAAGUCAAAUCCUCGACCGCCCGCCAGCAUCGACACUACCACCGUCGUCGUCAAUCCACCCCCACAGUCAGCAUGGCGACCGUCCAGCACAUCCGCCCCACAACCGCACAGCCGUGGCUCGACUUCUUAUACCCCGUCCUCUGCACCGCCACGAGACAUUCGCGCGUGGUCGAGAAAGGUCGGAGAGGUGGAAAGUCUCUUGAUGUCUCUACCACCGCGAUGGUCGCAUCGUCCUCCUCGUCGGCAAUGUCUCGCCACCACCUACAGUUCCAGAUCAUCAAACCCCGCCCACUCCGCCAACACAUCCGGUCCCACCACACCCAGACCCACCACCAAUCCUCCCUCGCCACUCACAACCCCCUCUCGAUCCUCGCGACCUUCACACCGCCAUCCCUCCCUCCCUUCCCCAUCCUCCCUCUCGUCCAACCCCCCAAAAAACCCCAACACUACCUCUUCGGCUACGGCUCCCUCAUCAACCCGCACUCGCGCCUCCGCACCGUCCGCACACCCACCCACGCCAUCCCCGCCGUCGUCCGCGGCCUGCACCGCUCCUGGUCCUACAAAUGCGCCCGCAAAUCCUACACCGCCGUCGGCGUCCGCCGCAUCCCCGACUCCCCCACCGCCCGAUGCAACGGCGUGCUGAUCCCCCUGUCCGACCCCGACACCGAGCUCCGGAUGCUCGACGAGCGCGAGAAGGACUACGUCCGCGGAACGCUCAGAGUGGAGGACAUCGAGAUCCUCCACUUCAACACCCCGCCAUCUCCACCCACCAUCUCACACCCGUUUGGAACGACAUCCACAUCCCCGGCCGCGCCCGUCGUCGUGUGGGUGUACGAGCUCCCGCCCCCGUCGUCCCGCACAAGCGCGUGCAUGCGACCGGCGGCCCCGCACACACCGACCCCGUGCACACCGAUCCCGCAAUCCUACAUCGACUGCAUCCUCACCGGCUGUCUCGCCAUCCACCCGACCUUCGCGCGCCUCUUCAUCGACCACACCGCCGGGUGGGAUUCCGGGCCGUGGAUCAACGACCGCGCGGCCUGCGAGCGGAGCGUGAAGCGCUAUGUCGGCGCGGAGGCGGAGCGCGGCGCCGAGGAGGUCGAUGGGUUGUUGAGGGAGGGUGUGCCGGAGAGCUUUAGCGCGAGGGUGGAGGUUUGACGGGGGUCUUGUAGACGCUGCGGGGACACCGACAUUUGUAAUCCUCCCCCCGUGCUUUGUUGGAAUGACAUUUAGCGGUGGACGUGGUAGACAAAGACAAUUUACAAAAACACGUUUUGGACUCCCCCCCCUCCGAAUUUGAAUCCUCAAUCGAGGCCGGGCUAUGCUAUCAUAAUGAUAUCCACGUCAAUGAAAACAGCUGCAAACAUUCGGACCCAGACGACCGUCCUCCCCAAUUGCUCCCCCCGCAAAUAUCCUGCGGAACAAGCGUCUAGAUCUCCCCUUUAUGCACUGUACGCUAGGUCACCCGUCUCUUCCAAGAGCGGUUGCGGAAAAAAAAAACUGAAAG